CUAAGAGGCAGAGGACACGUGUGCUCACCUCAGUUCUUCUCCGACAACAGUACUGAACACACCUGAAUCCUCCACGCCACUUCUGUCCACACCCGCAGAGUCCACACCUGCAUCAUGAAGCUCUUAGUCUGCCUACUGGCCUGUCUCGCCUCAGCAUGGGGUCAGUCCUGCCCACCUGAAGAUGUCCACUAUUUCAGUGAUUCCCAGCAGUGUGACAAGUAUGUGGAGUGCAGGGAUGGAGUAGCCACAGAGCAGCUGUGUCCUGAUGGUCUACUCUUUAAUGACAAAAUAAAAAAUGGUCGCUACCCAUGUGACUACCCCAGUGAGGUCGACUGUGGCUCCAGGGGCCGUACUCAACCUCCACAACCAACGGAAUUCUGCCAGCACCAAUGGGGCUACUUCGGCUCUGGAAACCGAGCUGAAUGUGGUUAUUUCUAUAACUGUGUCAAUGGUGUUGCCCACCUAGUCAACUGCCCAGCCGGCCUUGCCUUCUCCUCUAGUACCUACCGCUGUGAGUGGGCUGAUGAAUCCAGUGACUGUGACGCUGAAGCCUACCUUGGGUUCUCCUGCCCCAAUAGCGUGGAUACGAAUCAGUUGCUGCUCAGUGGAUACCCACAAUUUAGAUCCCCCCGUGACUGUCGCCAGUUCUUCAUAUGUGUAAACACUUCCCCAAGGCUCCAGUUCUGCCAACUUGGUCUUGUCUUUAAUGAAGAGACGUACACCUGUGACGAGCCCCAAAAUGUCCGAGGAUGUGAGAAUUACUACACCCCAGAGGAACUGGCUUUGUACAGAGAACAGAGAGAGCGUCAACGUAUAGCCGAGGAGAAGAGGCAGGCUGAGUUGGAUGCUCUCAGACAGCAACUUGCUGCACGCAGGAAACAACAGCUUCAAUAACGCACCAAUUUCAGCUGACUGUGCAACAAUUUAUAGAAAAGAUGAUGCAAUGUUAAUAAAUAUGAUGUAGUCAAUCUAUACAUCUGAGUAAUAUACAUAGCACAAAUAACAAUCAUGAGCAAUUAUGCUGUAUAUAUAUAUAUUAUAUAUAUAUAUAUAUAUAUGUCGUGCCGAAUAGGCAGAACUUGCUAUCUUGGCUUAAAUAGCAACGCUCAUCUUGCCAUAUAGGACAAGCGAAAAUUUGUGUAUGCAAUAAUUUCGCCAAAAUCAUUCUGAACCUAACGAAAAAAAUAUAUUUCACUGUGUUCGUUUAGUAUUAAAUUAUUGUAAACAAAUCUAAAAUAUAUGUAGUUGGGUUAGGCUAAAAUAAAGUGUUCUUGUUAUAAUAAGGUUAGGCAAGUUUUCUAAGAUUCUGUUGAUGCAAAAUUAUAAAUUUUUACAUUAACAUUAAUGAAAAAAAUAUAUCUUUAAACGUAUAAGAGAAAUUUUUAGAAAGGACUUAAUUUUAAAUGAGUUCUUGCUAAUUGACCAGUUUUACAUAUUCAGCACGACAUAUAUAUAUAUAUAUAAAAGACCACUUGAAAGUAAACCAAGAAUCUUACAGCAUAAAUAGAAAUUAAGCAAAAUUAUGAAGCCUGAAAGCAAGUACUGUACUCUCCACUUGGUUUCACACCAUUGGCAUCAAUCAUUGCUGUAGCUCAGUCCAAAGCCUCCCAUCGAUAUUGUUGCAAUAUUCUGAGCAGAGUCAGUGGUGCAGUAUAAGCAUCAGUUACAAGCUACAGCAGAGUGAGAAAAAUUUAUCAAAAUCAUUCUGCAUCACUAUCAAGGUUACUGUGUAACGAGAGAAAAAAAGGCAUGUGGCAUUAAUGCCCCUAAAUGUCCCUGGCAUCUUCUCAACAUCUUACUACUACACAUUACUGUAUUAAUAUUAAAACACAAGUGCUAAACCUGCAUGGGUCAUGCAGCUUAUUACUAUACAGAAAGACAUUUCAUAGGAACAUUUUCUUUCAUUAUUAAUAUAGAGACAGUCCACAAGUAUAACACUACCCACUUGUUUAUUACAAUCAUAAAACCUUUAUAACUGCAGUGAUUUCUUUCUUUUUUAUACCAAUUCUUGUUGGUAAAUGUCCAAAUUAUAGGUGAUUCUUAAUUAUGAAAAUUUAAAAUUUCUAAACUGAAAUUCAGAAAUUUUACUCAUUCAGAUAUCCCCAAUUUUGGAGAAUAUUUCAGAUUAAGAUUUUAUGAAAAUAUUUCCUCUUAUAAUUAUUUUGCUUAAAAUAUUUCCCUAAAUAAUUUUAAGAAUUUUCAUAAAAAUUCAGAGCUUUCUGAAUUUUGGAGAACAUCUUGAAUUCAAAACACUGUUUUCUUUAUUAGGGAAAAUUUAAAGUACUGAACAAGAAUCUGAAUGAGGGAUAAACUACUGCAUUUGUAAUACUGAACAAUUAUUUACUGUAUAAAGUAAUACAGUACUGUAUUUUUUCCACCACAAAAAUGUGUAUACUUGACAGAAAACCCUUGCCUAAAUAAGAGAAAACUCCAAAUGUACUGUAUUUAAAACACUAAAAACUUAGCCACUAGAAGGAUCAAACACAGACACAAAUGUAAGUGACCAGUGCCAUACCUUAUUGUAGCUCCACUGACACCAGACCUUCAUCUUUAGCUUGACUUUUUCCAGCUAUUUAUCUAUUUUCUCCUCCUUCCACCUCUUCCCACAUCAUCAUCUUAAGAUUUUCCAUCACAGAGUCAACCAAAUUUUGGUAUUAUGUACCAUGUAUAUACAGUACUUGUAUUACCAAGUAUUAGCCAAUAAAGGCCUACAGUAUACUUAA